UGCAUCGACCAGAAGGGAAGUCCGUUGCAAUGGCGGCCUGGUCUCGUGACUACAUCCUGGUUGUGCAAGUUGCAGGGACCAUGUGAUGGCGCAAAGUCUUCGCCAAUCUGGGCCCGGCAAUGCCAGCGCACGUUCCAACAGUCUGGGGAGUUUGCGCCGUGGCAGUGGGUCUGCAGCUCCCCGUUUGAGUUUAUUCCUGCCACGGGACGGCAGCAGCGAUGGACAACAUUCUUAACAUGAUGCAGGUGGCAUGGCGUCAAAUUAACGCAGCAAGAGGCAGCACGGUGAAGCUGGCCAAUCCUGAGCACAAUCUCCUCGUGAGUCUGGAGUCUGCCCGGGACUUCAUGCUGGGCAUGUUGCGGGAACCGGAUCCGGGACGGAGACAUCUUGAAGAGGUCUUUGGAGGGGAUUGCAGUCGAAUCGCGCAAGUUCGGGCCAUUCUGGAUGCAGCGAAGCUUUCCACCCGAAUCAUUUGCGACAACCGCGUGAUUUCUUGCAUGAACGCGGUCAAGUCGGUAGAGAGCGUUUUGAAGAAGGAUUGUGGGGCUGCAGUGCGCCUUUCAGUAGCGCAAGAGAAGGAACUGAAAAAAAUGCAAGAAAGACAGAUGAGGUUCGAGGCACGGCACCUCAGAGGUGAAUUCUCGCCCUUGAAGGGCAACUCCAGGGUGUUGGGUCCUUCACCCUUUGGCCUGGAUCAGUUGGGUGCCACAAGUGCCGGUGAAACCUAUUCCAGACCCAGAAGUGCUUCAACGUCGGCCAUCCCAGGCAAGGGUGAUGACACACUUCCAUCUUCGGAUGCUCUGAGGGAGACGUGGAAGGUGUUGCGAGAUGCAUGGGAAUCUGGUAGCCUUUUUCAGGGUGAAGUGAGAGAAGCCAAGAACAGCGACACAGGGGGUGCUGACGACACGUCAAGCGAUGUGCCGCAGGAAGCCGAUGGCCACGAAGCAGGUCCAUCCAACGACAAGGACGGCAGCCAGGUGGAGAUACCGUCCCUGGAGAAAGCUGCCGAUGGAAACCGUGGCUGUCACAUUUGGCAGGAAGAGAAUGAAGAGACCAUGGAAACGGUUGAUCCAUCCAGCUCCUGCCUUCACGGCGAUAGCUCUGCUGAGUGCUCUGCGGCGCUUGAGCAGGACUCAAUCGCAGACCUCAACCUCUUAGAGUCACACCAGCAGCCACCAACAGAAGUGUCGGAAGAGUCAAAGGUCCAGACUGAGACAACGACACCUCUGGAUGAAGGCGAUGAAGGAAUCGCCUGUGAAGGUCAGACUGAUCGGCCUGGCCAAGAUCAUCUACCAGUGGUGGAGGCUGAAGCCCAUGAGUCCCAUGAGCAGUCAGAAGCCGUUGAAGCAGAUGGUUCAGAAUCAGAUGAAGAUGUUCCAAUGCCAGAGAACUGGGGCAUGCAAAGGCAGAAGAGAGGUAGCUUGAUCCGUCCAGUGCAGCUGCCGCAGCACUUGCUGGAACAUGCCCGGUUGGCUGGAUAUGGUGACAACAGCUGUGAUGUCGUCGAAUUCCAAGUGGCACAUCACGAAGAAAAAAUCGGCAUCGCCUUCCGCAUCUUGCCGCCUGCUGGCCAUCUGGUCGUGGAAAGGAUUACUCCUGGAACCCCUGCAGAGGCGCUCCACUUGCCCAAGGGAAGCAGGUUGCUGUGCGUGAAUGGAUUGCAUACUGGCUCGAUCGAGGCCGACAACUUCUUCAACUUAAUGAAGCAACGGCCCCUGCAGCUGCUAUUCUUGCGCCCGCGUGGCGCUCCGGGCGAAGUCGCUGCCCCACCGUGAUGGUUAAUGAUGUCCCAGGGGGAUGGUGAAACAGCCACCCUCCAGGAUGGCUCCAAACUGGAGAAUCGAUUUUCAAGUUGACACAUGUUGGCACCCCGAGAAAACGGCGUUCUUCAAAUGUGUGUUCGAAGAAGCUUCUGAAGUUCCCUUGGGUGAUGCUGGCGAGCUCCCCGCAUCAGUCCU